AUGCAGUCUCUUGUCAACGCCUUGCCAGAGAUGGCGUCCCGACGCCUCGUGCUCGCCGCUUCUCCUUCUGCUUCCCUCUCUUCUCCUCCUCUGUCUUCUUCUCUGUCUCCUCCCUCUUCUCCUCUCUCUUCGUCCUGUUGUCUUUCUCCUGUUUCUUCUUCAGUUUCUUCUCCUCGAUCCUCUCACUCUCUUCGCGCGUGUCUUCUGAGGUUCCGUCGGCGUUCGGCGUCCGGUUGUCCGGCGUCUCUCAGGCGCUUGUUUCCGGGCAACGCAAGAGUCCCGUCCUCUCCGGCCUCUCUUCAUUCUCUCUCCUGCCCUCUUCUCGGAGAAACAGGCUUCCUUCAGUUCGACUCUUCUCUCGCCUCCAGAUCUCUUCGUUCAUCUCCUGCUUUCCAAGAGCUCCUCGCUGCGAGUCCCGCGAGAACGCGCAGCCCCCAGUUCCCUCGGUACGGCAGAGCGCUCUCUUCGAUCGCUCGCGCCUCACAGUCGCUUCUCAAUCGCGCGCUUGUCUGCUCCUCUCUCACUCUUCCUCAGCAACUCGUUUCUCCCGCAAAACAUGCAGACAGAGAUCUCUCGCGCCUGCGUCGCUCCCAGCGACGGGCGUCUCCGUCCACCUUUCUUCAACGGACACCGCAGAGCCGCGAACUGCCGGGCCCCGUCCUCGAGCGGUCGAAGCCGAGGUGUACAUACACCCCAAAGUGGAUGUACACCCCAGACAGCGUAUGCGCGGGGAACGUCAACGCUCCGUUCCGAGCGUUUUCGACGGGUGUGACAGACGAGAAGGCGACGACGGUUGCGGAGAAAGGCGCGUCCUCUGCCGACAUUCCUUCUGAAUCACGUUCGCGAGCGCAGCCUCCCGUCCUUUCUCGCUCGCUCCGGCAGACGUUCCCGUACGUCCUUCCGGUUAUCCGUCCUCUGCAGGCGCUCGCGGCACUUCCUGUCUGGCAACAAGGGACCUCGCCGCGAAGCCUGGAGCUGCGCUCGGUCUCUGUCCGGCUCGCCCACGCGUUCAUGCCACCCUUCUCCACGGAGACUGAGGAGCUCUGGUGUGCGUACAUCCGGCGACUGCUGGCGGGGUCGGCGCUCGCGUCCGCAGACGAGAACCACAGGGAGCAGAAGAGCGAGAAAAGCCGGCCGAACCCUGUGCAGCUGUCUGUGGACCUGGGCCUGCAAAUCGCGCGCCUUUUCGCCUCGCGAAACGUCGUGCUCGCCGAAGCCUGGAAAGGCCUCUUCGCCUCCAUGGACCCUCUUCUCCGGGAGCUGCGACAGCGGGAGGAGCGAGAGAGCGCAGCUGCGGCGCGUGCUAUGGUGUCGAAGGACUCCGCGCCUGGCGCCGGAGCAGAGAAGAGAGAAGACGGCGAGGCGACAGACACCAAGGAAAGGUUUCCAGACGUUGUCCUCAAGCUCUGCGAAGCCGCGAACCGCGUCCGACAUGAGUGGACCUGGGGUACUGAGGAACUCAUGCUCUACGCCAGACGCCAGCUCCCUGCCCUGGAGGCGCCUGAGGCAGCUCGGCUGCUGCAUGCGCUGGCGUCGAGUCCCAGCACGAGCGAGAGCGUCGUGGCGCGCCUCGCAGAAGCCUUCGUUUUCCUCUGGGAACGCGACCUAAGUGGCACAGUGGAGCCUGCGGCGGGCCUGCAGCUUCUGGAGACUCUCGCGCGGAAGAGAGCGACGGAGCGCGACUUCAUUCGGGACAUCAGCAGACGCAUGCACUGCUAUCUGCACUUGGGCCUCUUGACGCCGUUUGAGAAGACGCGCUUGGCUGUGGUGUAUCGACAGCUCGAGUUCCGCCACUUCACGUUCUUCCGGCACCUUGCGGAGGAGUUGCUCCAGCAGAAUGCCGAGCGCCAGAGACUUCUCGCCCUCGGCCGCUCUGAACCGUCCGCAGACGCCCUGCAGGCUGCAAGGCAGCAUCAAAGGAGGCAGCGGCUCUCGCGUCUCCAGAGUGAACUCAAUCCGAAAAAGAAAUCCCUGGAGUCGUCUCCAUCCUCUCCUUCUCCCUCUUCUUUCUCCUCUCCUUCUCCCUCUUCUUCCUCCUCUCCUUCUCCCUCUUCUUCCUCCUGUUCUUCCGCGUCUUCGUCCUCUGCUUCUCCCUCGGAUUCUGUCUCUUGUUCUUCCUCGUGCUCUUCGUCUUCUCUGGAACAAGGCACUGGCGAGUGGAGGUGGCAGGAGUAUCUACGCCCUGGGUACGUGAUGGGGUUGGGCCUGGAAAAAGACUUUUCUCCGAGCGGCGUGAUUCUUCAAGAGGAGAUUCUUCCUCUGGUGACUCGCGAGAAAGUCGCAGAGCUCCGCCGGGGCUUGCGCGGCUCGCUCCCUCCGGUGUCUGUACAGCUGCCGGACGCGAAGGCUGGAGAGUCUCCUGACGCGCAGGAGACUUUCCCGCGGUCUGAGGACUUCAGCCCCUGCGGAAUCAAGGCGUUCACUCUCGGACAGACGGCGGUCAUUCUCGACUCGAUGCUGUUUCUCGGCUUUCACCACCAGUCGCGGUUCUUCGGGCCUGUCGCGGACGUCCUGCUGCAGCGCGCGACGGAGCGCGGCGCCGUCGAGACUCUCGACCCGCAGCAAUGCACCAGCUUGAUGGUUUUCUUCGCGGAGACGAGGCGCCAGUUGAGUGAAGACCCUGACGACUGCAUUCGCCGCCUUACAGAGCGGUUAGUGUUGUUUCGCGAUUUGUCUCUAACGUCUCCUGUAGUCUGUGCGUUUCCGUUGAUCGUUUAA